CCCGAUGAUGGUUGCUAUUAGCGACCGAGCAACUGAAACUCUUAAGAUGCUUUCUACGAGAAAAGUGGAAAUGAGCGUUGAGUAAAAACAAUAGUUAUAACUUGGAAUAAACGCUUUAAUUUUUCUUAAAUUUGUGUUACUCAUCAUGGCAAUGCCACGGAGAAAUGCAGAAAAUUUCCUGGACACGACGGAGCAUAUGGACGAAAUCCAGAGGUCACUGGAUAGACUUCUAAGCUUUUCUGCAGAGGAUGAGACAGAGAAAGAAAUGCUGCGGUCCAGGAUAGAUGAGCAGUCAAGUCUGAUCUGCAUACUGAAACAGAGAGCAGAUGAGAUGCUUCUUCGAUGUCAAGCCCUGCAAAGAAUCAAUACCGAGCUGGAGGACAGAGUAACAGACUACCAGAAAGAACUGGACAGCGAAAAAAAGAAAGCAGGGUUAUUAGAGAAGAGAUUUAUGGAUUUAGCUGCCAAUAAUCAGGCAAUUAUUUCUUUCAUGGAUGAGUACAAACAUCAGAAUGCCCAGUUAAAGAUGGAAAACCUACAGCUGCAGUCAGAAAAUGACACGCUCUUCUCCCAAAAAUUACAAGAUAAAGAAGUGUUUGUGAAAAAACUGAAACAAGACAUCAAACUACUGACAGAGAAUUAUACAAAUAAAGAAAAUGAAUAUGGGGAGAAAUUAGCUGAAUGCCAAUCAAAACUCCUGGAACAGGCAACACAACAUCAAGCAAAGGAGGCAUCCCUACUUGAUCAAUUGCAUGAUGCUCAGCAACAGCAAAGAGAUUCUGCAGAGAUGUGCAAAGACAUGAAGCUGAAGCUGGAAAGGGCUGAAGAAAAGCAUGCUUUGAAGGAGAUCAACAUGAGAGAAAGCAUAGCAAGCCUCACCAAAGAGAAGGACAAACUAUUGUCUCUGUCUGUGGAAAGAGGGAGAGUGAUACAGGAGAAACAAGAGGAAAUCCAGCAGCUGGAGAGAAAAUGGAGAGAAGAGAAAAAAUGCCGGGCUGAAGCAGAGGAUAGGUUUAAGCAGGACACAGAAGCAGUUAAUGCAGAUGUGAAAGUGAAGUCUCUUCAUUGUGCUCUUGAUGAAACCAUAACAAAGUACAAGAAGCUUCAAAAGGAUUUUGAAGCCUUCAGAGAACACAGCAUCAGCCUUCUUACACAAGAGAGGGAGCUGAAUAAGAAACUUCGCCACAUGAUAGGCUGAACUUUAGUGUUACAGGACCAACUAGACUGGGCAGUUCUCCUGUAUAAUCUACGGCAGCUCUGUAACUCCUACAAAUAACUAUUACAGUUUUCCAGCCCAUGUGAGGGAGAGUGGAAAGUAGACUAAUCAUACGGCAAAAAUACAUGAUUUAGUUCAUCCAUGUGUUGGUCUGUUUGAUUCAGUUGAUUUGGCUACGCACCCAUAUUAUAUGUGGCCUGUAAAACUGUCAUUCGUCAGUGUCUGUGAUGGUUUACCAGAGAUUUGAACUAUACCUUUAACAAGUAGUGCUCAUCUUUUUUAAUCAAAAUGUGGAACAUGAAUCGAAGCGUUCUGUCAGUGAUGAAUGUACAUUGUCAUUUUUACAACUUUGUAAUGUCGCUGCAGUGUAUUGGAAGACUAAUUCAUUCAUCAUAGAGUGACGGGGUGAAUUUUGCCAAGCCAUCAUUCAGUGCAACAUUCCUUUGUGUCAGAAAGUCUCCUCUAAUUACUUCUUGCCUGGAGCUGUGGAAUACAAAGCCUCUUCACCUCAGUCACAGCAGGCAAAACACUUCAUGAAUCCUCAGCCAGUCUGCACAGGAACAAGCCCUAUAUUUAAACCACACCAUGAGCAGCAUGCUAAAAGGUCAUCUCUACCAAUGAAUGGUGAGAUGGUCAUCUUUAGGGGUCGUGGGAGGUGAGGUACCACCUGCAGCUUUCAGUAAUUUAUUUUCUGAAAGAUAUAUUGCAUGUCACUCACCUCCCUAGUGCAGCCCCCUUUUAAUAAAAUGAUAAUUAAAGGAAACAAAUCACAAGAACCAACAAAAGAUAUCCUCAGUUUAGAAACUAAACUAACAACACAUACACUCAUUGUUUGAUGUUACUGUGCAGCCCUGCAUUGCUCAUACCUUGGAGAUAUGCCAUAUUCAAAUGUUAAUGUCCCCGUAACUGUUCAGUUCCCCGAGAUGUCAAGUUAACAUCUCUGUUGAGAUUAGUUUGAUCAUCAUCUGUAAAACAGAACAGGAUCUGAUCACUCUUUUUCCAGUAUUAAGCUAUGACAACUACACUACUUCUUGUAACAUUAUCCUGUAAAGCCUUAUACAUGAAAUACUUAUUAGAUUUUUUUUUCUUUUGACAGAGUAAAAAAAAAAAAUCAUUAAAUUGCAUAUAUCAUGUUUUGUAGACUGGCAGUCUGUCCAGUGUAUACCUGCCUCUCACCCAUUGUAAGCUGCGAUUGGCUCCAGCCCCCCACUGACCCUUAAGGAUAAGAUAAUGGAUGGAUGGAGAUGAUUUUUUGUUUAUAUCAUAUGUGAUACAUCACGUAUUGUGGCAAUUUAUUUCAGUUGGGGUUAUGACAAUGUAUACAAGUGGUUUAAUUCAGAUAAUCAACACAACUGUUGUAUAAAAACAUUAUAAAAUUCACAACAAUAAUGAUUUAAAAUACUACCAUCAGUACACCCUUUCAACAUGAUUUUACAUUGAAAUAAAGCACUGGAUUUUUAGUAAUUAUGUGCUGCUCCAAUCCAUCAGAUGCUCAGUUUUAAAAUGUUAGUAAAAAUACAAAUUCUUAUCUUACCCUAACUUUCUAAGAAUUAGCUAAAUAGUAGCUUGGUAAGUCCUGAUGGUGUAGGUGGUGGAGGUAUUCAUGGUGUAGACAUCUCAGAAAAUCUUGUAUUAAAGCUGAUAGAGAUAGCGUUAAUCGUGGACCUUUUAACCCUUUUUCCUCAGGGCUGUUAUGGUCAUUCCAAAGUCCAGGCUGUAGACCAAAGGUGAGCAGGCCUUUGCCAUUAAGGGCUCUAAACCUAAAAGCACUCUACCUGUGGAAUUUAUGCUGGCAUCACUGGCACUUUUUAUAUCACCUCUUUAAAACAGUUUGCAGUUUCAUCUCAUCUCAGUAUAAUUUAUUUUCAGCAUUUUCUGCAAGCUUUUCUAACUUAAUAAACAGUUUUGUUUGCAAAAACAAUCUCCACCCACUGUUAACAGCUCA